CUCCAGGCGGCAUCUGUCGGUGGCCAUGAAUCCGUCGUGCGGCUGCUGCUGAACAAAGGUGCCAAUAUCAAUGUGGAUGGGGGCAUGUUUGGAAGCGCACUGCAGGCGGCAUCUGUCAACGGGCACGAAACUGUCGUGCAGCUGCUGCUGGACCGAGGGGCUGAGGUCGAGGUGGGAGGAGGAGUGUUCGGGAGUGCACUGCGGGCGGCGUCUGUCUGUGGUCACGAGUCCGUCGUGGGGCUGCUGCUAGACCGAGGCGCCAAACUCAACAAACAGGGCGGGAAGUAUGGGAGCACGCUCCAGGCGGCAUGUAAAGGUGGCGAUGAGUCCGUUGUGCGGUUGUUACUGGACCGAGGUGCUGAGGUCAAUGCACAAGGUGGACAGUAUGGGAGCGCGCUCCAGGUGGCGUCCUUGAACAGUCACCAAAUGAUCGUGCAGCUGCUGCUAGACCGAGGCGCCGAGGUCAAUGCGGAGGGGGGAGAACAUGGGAGUGCACUUCAAGCGGCGUCUUUUGCUGGUCAC